GUAAAUUCCAACUAGAGAUGGAAAACGUACUGAACACCGCACAGACGCUUCUCACAGGCUACGAUGUUUCGCUGCAACGGCAGAUUAGAGGCGAAGAGCGAGUAUGGCGAGCUGAGGACUUGGUCUAUAGGCAGCAUGAAAAGGAGGUGCUGCUUCAGGAACAAGAAUUCAUGCAGGAAGAGAGGGACUUCCUCAUGGCACAAAUACAGCAGGCUCACGUGGACAAUGCACGGGCGAUUUGGAUGCGGUUCGUCAACCGCAACCGGACCGAGGUACAGGAGAAGACGGAGCAGCUUAAGGCGCUAAGCGGCUUGGCGGCCCUGCUGGCAGGGUUUGCGCUUGUGAGCUUCUUGGAAUUCCAGUUCACGGUCGAGGAGAACUACAAACACGGUUUGCUGCCCCUAUUCGCGCUGACGACGAGUAUCACGGUUGGCGUUGAGGUGGCAUCGGCUGUUCUGUGCAGCCUCAUGCUCGCAAACAUCCUGCGAGUUGGCAAAACGUACGUCAGUGAGCAGGAGGAGGCGGAGUUCAUGCACCGGUGCCACGUAUUCGUCACGCAAUACAGGCCUGGCGACCGACCGCCAGCACCUGAACGGACAUUUGCAGCGUACUGGGCCCACCGAUGUGAGCGGGAAUGGGCCACCGCCUUCCGGUUGUUCUCGACGGGCAUCCCGUGCUUCUUCAUCAACCUCGCCUUGGCAGGAUGGAUUAAAUUCCACAAUGCAUCGACUCCAACAGCUGCAAGCCUGGUGACAUGCUGCAUGGGCAUCGCCCUGAUAUGGAAUGUCUACACGCACCGCAAGUGGGGCCAGUACCUGCUGCAGGAUGAAGACCCAGAACAGGACACGGAGCAUCGCCUCACCCAGCCGGCUGUGGGGCUUCCCUUCGACUGGCAUUUGCCGCCACUGGCGUCUGCUGGCUGGCGCCCCCAGCACACUCAAGAGCAAGCGUGUGGACCCCACGAAGUUGUACGUCAAUCGCUUGUGCAGACAUCCCCCAUGCCUGCCACCAGCUUUCAGCCAUUCCUCGCUUCAGCUAAUCCGACGGAGCAAUGCGGGUCGUCUGCUAUCGGCGAUAACCUUCUGCGGCUUGGGGUUGGGGCCCCACAUGAAACACGUAAUGAGGCGGAGGGAGUGGCCCAGCCUCCCAACAGUCCCAAGGCAGGAAACGUGCGCCCCACGAAGCCGUGGCAUUCGUCUUGCCCCACAGAACCAGUUGCCGAAGCGCCAUAAAUUGUUGCCUAAUAACGUACGGUAAAAAUUUAUCGUUACUGUGAGGGUCUGUACAGAGGGUACGUCUCAGCGCGCAGGGGUUGCGGUCUUGGGCUGGUGAGUACUGUAUGCGGCUGCCGGCUUUAAUACAUGGCGAUCCUCACUAGCAAUGAACGAACGGUGGUUGCAACAUGUCGCCUGUCAUGGUUAACGCAUGCUUUUCGUCCUGAGUUGUCAGCGUGUCACGUCCGCGCGGCAGGAGCGACGAUGGGGUCCGCUGCCCUAUUAGUCCGUCUGUAUUGCUGGCUUGAAAUGAUAAGUGCAUUCACGCAUUAAGGCCCUUAAUGGAACAUACUUAUCCUCAGGCGCCUCGGGUAUGCUAACGAGCUAGGGCUGUUUGGUACCUUAGAAAGCUCGGGUGGGUUACAGAACGUUGCGAUAAUACCCAGCAGAGUGAAUGUCUGGCGUAGCUUGCAUUUUAGGCUUGCGGGUGUUGCUGUGAACUAUCUCUGAGGUAACGGUCGGUAGGUAUCUACCUUACGCAUCCAGGUACAGCAUUUGCGUUACAUGGCAAGGACGUAAUAAUUGCGUGUGCAUCUAUCCUUGUUGACCCUAAACUGAUUUCGUCCUAAUGCAG